UGGGGCUGCUUAUUAAGCCUCGCCAGCAUUGCAAACUGAAAAUCAUCUGCGAAACAGAAAAACCUCAGUUCAAUCGAGAUCUCCUCUGCCUGCAAUUCCUCUCUCUCGUGCAGUCUGCUCGCAAGAAGGAUCGGAAUCCUAAGGUUUAGACUCCGUGAGGAAGUGAUGUUCUCUUGAGCUAAAAGGAAAACUUCAACACAUUUAGCCCAGAAUGAAAGAAAGUAAAGGUCGAAUCAAGGGAGAUAGAACAGGCACGGCUAUUCCCUCUUCAAAGGCUUCAUCUGUUAGUUCCCUACCGCUCAUUUUGGACAUAGACGACUUUAAGGGUGAUUUUUCUUUUGACGCAUUAUUUGGGAACUUGGUAAAUGAUCUCCUUCCCUCCUUUAAAGAAGAGGAUGUGGAUUCAUUAGAGGGUGGACAGGAUAUUUUAUCCAAUGGACACCUACGAGGUUCAUCUGAAACAACAAAAUCAGCGAAGGGAGCCUCUACUCCACUAUUUCCUGAAGUAGAUGGUCUCCUAUCUUUGUUCAAGGAUUCUUGCAGAGAGUUAGUUGAUCUUCGACAGCAGAUUGAUGCAAAACUCGAUAAUCUCAAGAAGGAGGUCUCUAUCCAAGAUUCAAAGCACUGUAAGACACUUUCUGAGCUAGAAAAAGGUGUAGAUGGGCUAUUUGAUAGUUUUGCUAGGCUGGAUUCACGUAUCUCUAGCGUGGGACAGACUGCUGCCAAAAUUGGAGAUCAUCUGCAGAGUGCAGAUUCUCAGAGAGAAACUGCAAGUCAAACUAUAGAACUUAUAAGGUACUUGAUGGAGUUCAAUAGCAGUCCAGGUGACCUAAUGGAACUUUCAUCCCUGUUUAUAGAUGACAGUCGCGUUGCUGAGGCUGCUUCAAUUGCACAGAAAUUGCGUGCAUUUGCUGAGGAGGAUAUUGGAGGGCAUGGCAUCGCUGUGCCAUCUGUUAUGGGAAAUGCAAAUGCGAGCAGGGGUUUGGAAGUUGCUGUCUCAAAUCUCCAAGACUAUUGCAACGAACUGGAGAAUAGAUUAUUGGCUAGGUUUGAUGCAGCCUCACAGAGGCGAGAAUUAUCAACAAUGGGAGAAUGCGCUAAAAUCUUGUCACAAUUUAACAGGGGUACUAGUGCCAUGCAACAUUAUGUGGCAUCUCGACCAAUGUUUAUUGAUGUGGAAGGGAUGAAUUCAGACACCAGGUUGGUUCUUGGUGAUCAGGGCUUGCAAGCUGGCCCUAGUAAUGUUGCACGUGGUCUUUCUGCUCUGUACAAAGAAAUCACAGAGACUGUGCGAAAAGAGGCUGCCACCAUUAUGGCUGUAUUCCCUUCUCCUAAUGACGUGAUGUCAAUCCUAGUUCAGCGUGUUUUAGAGCAGAGAGUAACAGCAGUUCUGGACAAACUAUUGGUGAAACCCUCACUCUUGAACAUACCUCCUGUUGAUGAAGGCGGACUUCUACAAUAUCUUAGAAUUCUAGCAGUGGCAUAUGAAAAGACACAGGAACUUGCUAAAGAGUUGAGGUCUGUGGGGUGUGGUGACUUGGAUAUUGAAGGCCUCACUGAAUCCCUGUUUCUUGUCCACAAAGAUGAGUAUCCUGAACAUGAGCAGGCAUCCCUAAGACAACUCUAUCAGGCGAAGAUGGAUGAGUUGCGUGCUGAAGUGCAGCAACAGCCUGACACAGCAGGGACAAUCUCACGUUCAAAAGCAGGUUCACUUCUACCUUCACACCAGCAAAUAUCUGUUACUGUGGUGACAGAAUUUGUGCGCUGGAAUGAAGAGGCAAUUUCUAGGUGCACAUUGUUUUCUUCCCAGCCUACUACUCUUGCAGCUUGUGUGAAAUCAGUUUUCAAUUGCUUGCUUGAUCAAGUAAGUCAAUAUAUAACAGAUGGUCUUGAGCGAGCUAGAGAGAGUCUUAAUGAGGCUGCAGCUUUAAGGGAAAGAUUUAUGAUUGGCGCAAGUGUCAGUAGAAGGGUUGCUGCUGCCGCUGCUUCUGCGGCAGAGGCUGCUGCUGCUGCUGGUGAAAGCAGUUUCAGAUCUUUCAUGGUUGCUGUGCAACGUUGUUCCAGCAGCGUGGCAAUAGUCCAACAAUAUUUUACAAACUCCAUUUCUCGGCUUUUACUUCCUGUGGAUGGGGCACAUGCUGCUUCAUGUGAAGAAAUGUCAACUGCUAUGUCCACCGCAGAGGCUGCUGCUUUUAAAGGGCUUCAACAAUGCAUUGACACUGUUGUGGCCGAGGUGGAGCGACUGCUGUCUGCAGAACAAAGAGCAACCGACUAUAGAUCACCUGAUGAUGGAAAUGCUCCCGAUCACCGACCAACAAAUGCAUGCACAAGAGUUGUUGCAUACCUCUCCCGAGUACUUGAUGCUGCAUUCACUGCUCUAGAAAGUCAAAAUAAACAAGCUUUCCUCACUGAACUGGGAAACCGCUUGCAUAAGGGGCUGCUUAAUCAUUGGCAGAAGUUCACCUUUAGUGCCAGUGGUGGCUUGCGGCUGAAGCGUGACAUAACCGAGUAUGGGGAGUUUGUGCGCAGCUUCAAUGCCCCUGCCGUUGAUGAAAAGUUCGAGUUGUUGGGCAUCAUGGCCAAUGUCUUCAUCGUGGCGCCUGAGAGCCUUCCUACUUUGUUUGAGGGAACCCCGAGUAUCCGGAAAGAUGCAUUAAGGUUCAUUCAACUUAGGGAGGAUUACAAAACAGCAAAGAUUGCAUCUAGGCUCAAUACCUUAAUGGCCGAGUCCUAGUUACACCGGAGCACCUGAAAGAUGAAUUGGUGGCUACAGUCAUUUUGAAGUAGGAAACUAUUGGGUUUUGGUGGUAUUUUGGGAAUCGUUAAAUCCGAGCCCAGAAGAAUCCAGUGGGUGUAAUGGACUAAAUUGAUAUGAUAACUCAAUCCGAGCCGGCCAGCCCCUAUUAGUAAACCAUUUUUAAGGGGGGGUUAUUUGAUGCUCUGGCUGCAUAUGACACUUGAUAUGCAGGCACUUAUAAAUUUUACACGUGGCAUAUAUGAAAUUAAACCAACUAAAAUUUGGAACCCACUAUGGCUAAGUUAUGGUCUGAAAAUUAGAUUGAUCAAACAAUCCUAACCUCUGAUUCUUGGACACUUGUUUUUUGAAAUUAGACCAUUGCAAAUAAGAUUAAUAUUUUGUUCAUUGCACAUCCAAAAUGUUAGCCAUACGAUUGGACAGUUUAGUAUGAAUCACUUGUAUGCCACGUGUGCAAUUUCCCAGUAAUUUCUGUGUCUCGUCCAUCACACUGCCAGAGUAUCAAAAGUAUUUCUAUUUUUUAA